AUGGUUGUGCGGCAGCAGUGUUGUGAAUAUGUCAUCCGGCACCCGCACAUCUCUCUAACACUUCCUGCCACCUUCCGAGGCAGGAACAGCACCCGGACGGACUACGAGUACCAGCACUCCAAUUUGUAUGCCAUAUCAGCAAUGGAUGGUGUGCCUUUUAUGAUUUCAGAGAAGUUUUCUUGUGUUCCAGAAAGUAUGCAGCCCUUUGAUCUCCUGGGAAUCACCAUCAAAUCUCUAGCAGAAAUCGAGAAAGAGUACGAGUACAGCUUCCGCACAGAGCAGAGCGCAGCCGCCAGGCUCCCGCCCAGCCCCACCAGGUGUCAGCAGAUCCCGCAGUCCUGAGGAGCCAGCGGCCACCUGCGGGGAGACCACCGCCCAGACUACUGACGGCAGGGGCUGCUGCCCCCGCCUCCUCCUGCCGCCUCCACCAGCCCUCCCUCCCACACUGCCCCAGCAGGGCUGGCCCGGAGACUGGGCAGCUAAGUGGGCGUGUCCUGUCUUCAGCUGGCCUGACACCCCGGCCUCCCUGGGGACGUUGUUCAUAACCAUGACUAAUCUGUGUGUGCUGUAGUGACCAGCGGCUCCUAACGUGUCUGUGUGAUGACCAGUUGUCCUCCAAAAACCUCACUCACCACGGAGUCCCCCUGAGGGCCCCGGGCAGUUGCCCCGGCCGCCCAGUGACGCCCACCGGCUCCCUCCGUUCCCUCCUGUCACCUACCAGGGCAGACCCCACUAAGCCGCUGAGUCCCUUCCUGGAAGACCCUGGGGGCCGAUAGCUUUACCUAGGACUCUCCAGGGUCGCUGAUCCUCCGUGGCCUUGGGCUGCCAGGACCAAGUUCCUCUCUACAGGAUCUCACAGCAGCCCUGAGAAGACAUGGAAGGAAGAAGCCAGUGGCCCCGGCGUGGACCCUGCCCUUUGGACAUCCCAUGGACUUCUCACCCAGUCGCCUGGAAGUCGGGGAGCAGCAGCCCUGCCCCCGGCGGAGGGGUUGUUGCUUUCUGGGGAGGAGGACGGUUGACGGCCCUGCUUGGAUCCACCACCAGGACGCUGUGCUCGGCCACGGCGCGCCUCCCCCAAGGGCUCAUCCGCGCAACAACCACAUGCCAACGAUAGCUCCAGGUGCCUCAGCCCGUGCCCUGACCCAGGGACCACAGGGACACCCUCUGAGACGUGCUGGCCCUGGGAGGAUACAGGCACACGGGCACCUAGCCCCUCUCGGAGCCAGGCGUGUCUUGACUGUGUCUGCUAAUAGGAACAAGUCAUUCUGAAAGGUCCCCCUGACCCAGGUCACCAAAUUUGGGCCAGAACUGGCAUUUCUCCUGAGUACCCACUGGUGCUGGCGUCCUCACAGUGCUGGGCGCCAAGUUCAGCCCCAGGCGCGUUUGCCUAAGCAGUGGUGGCUGCCAUCUCUCAGGGCCCGGGCCCUCACAUGAAGGGCUGCCUCACUCUGUGGUGUCAGGCAUUGGACUGUGUCCUGAUUCCUCAGAAUAUGGGGACCUGAUAUCUUUGGGUCCCCAAGAGUUGGCUCUUGGAUGUGGGGGCUUGAUGCCGCGGUUGGCGGCUGCAGUAUCUGGGUCCAGGGAAGCCACUGCCUCAGCAGGGACAGCCUCUCCCGCUGCAGGCCCUGGGCAGCCCACAGUAGUGCUAGCUGAGGCCCAGAGGAACAGGAGGAAAGGGAGGUAGCGCCGGACAGCGCAGCUGGCCAAGAGGCGGGCGGGGCCAGAAAUACCUCAUGCACCUGCACCAGCCCCUCCGUCUCCAGGCCCCAGGCCCCUGUGUGGACCCAUCUUCCUCCUCUGCCACCCCGAUCUUCACUCGGAUACCUCUUGAUUUCUGUGGAUUAGGGAAGCAGCCACUUCUCCCUCCCUGAGACCCGAGGACGCCCCUGGUGGGGGUGGCCUUCUCAGGCCUCCUGGGUGGCACAGCAGCAGGACCUUGUCAUAGGACUGAUGCUGAGCGGGGAGGGGGCUGCCAGGCUGGCCGCCGAUGCUCCGUUCACAUAAGCCAGUGUGGUUCUGGGGACCUGAGGAGCCCCGUGGCACCCACGGGGGGCACCUAUGUCUGCCGUGGCUCCUCGGGUGGUGGCCCGUGUGACCAAAGCCAACAACAAGGGUGACUUCCGGCAGGAAGGGGCGGCAGGAGGGCAGAGGGCAGAGCUCUGGCCACUUCUGCCCACUUCAUUAGGGUUUGUGAACUUUGUCCUUCGACCUCUUUUCGUGCCCUGGUUGUGAGAUCGCCUCUGACAGAUAAUGCCAGGGGCCCUUCACUCCCCUCCCGUGACUGGGAAAAGGCCUGUGGCAGCUCUGCUGGACCCUAGGAGGCUCAGAGGCAGUGGUGUGGGAGCCCCGUCUGCAAGGACGCAGAACAAGCAGUGAGGGCAGCUGCAGGAGAGGAAGGGGCUCCCACAGCCCCCACUGACACCCCUGCAGGCCCCUCUUGAGCUGGGGUCCCAGCCAGGUGCCCCCGCAUGCCCUCCUGCAGUUGCUGGAUGGACAGGACUUCCAGGCCACCAGGAAGAGGACAAACUGCGUGGACUCAGGCGAGCUGGAGCCAUCUUCUCCAUAGCAUGACGGACUUAGCAUAAGAGUAAAUGACUGUGAACGUUGUAGUAAACGGCAGCUUCAGAUAAGCAGUGACAGUGUUAAGGACAAGUUGGUGUCUGUGGUAGGUUUUAGGCUGCUCCUAACCCACCAUGUAUUGCCUUCUGAGAGGUGGGUGAGGACAAGCGUGUGCGUGUGCCUGUGUGUGUGUGUGUGAGCACGUGUGCGUGUAAGCCCACCUGAAUGGGGCUGGUGCGGGAAAACUGAGGCGUGGAACUCUGGCUCAUACCUAGGAAUUGAGAGCUUUUCUGUCUUUUGGGAGAGUUCUUUUCUCCAUGAGCCCUCUGGCCACUGUGGGAGGGAAGGACAAGGUUUCCCUUGGAAAUGUGAAGAAAGUCUUGGUCUCAUCCCUCAGGUCCCCCCCCGCCACAGCACUUCCCACCACUGCUGCUGUCCCUGCCGGCAGCCUCUGUCCCUCCAGAAUGGCUAACCAGAGCACACCGUCCCCACCACCUCCCCUUUCUCUCUGGAAAGUUGAAGUGUCUUUCCAGAGGCCUUGGAAAUGGCACAAAGGUGACAAGGAGCAGGUGCUUUGCUGCGGGCUCCCUUGCAAAUGUAUAAUUAAGGCCUUUCUUCCCACCCCAAGUGCAAGAACAAAUGCCAGCCACAUCCUCCACCACUUGGAGAGAUGAGAACCCAGCGGGGUCGUGUAAAGGAAUUGGAGGUCGGUAGGAGGACAAGAGGGACUCCCGUGUUCUAAGCACCUGCUCCCGGCCAGGCUCUAGGCCAGGCUCUCUAAGCACAUUUCUCCUUUUAUUCCCCCUAAAACCAGAGUGACCUGGAAGUAGAUGUUCUUUGCUCCUUGUUAGAGUUGAAGAGGCCGAGGCUUGACCGGCUGCUAAGCGGCAGAGGCGGGGGUCGGCCCCUAGCCCCCGGGCCAGCCAUCCCGUCGCAAGCCUGUGCUGGGGAUGCUCUUUCUGUUUCCAGUCCUGUCACGGACUUCCCAGCCGCCACUGGGCCCUGCCGGUCACCAGGCCACUGUGCAGUGGGUGCUGAGCACAGUCAGGAGUGGCCUACCCGCACUCCUCCACCAAGAUGAGGGCCCUCCGGAGCCUACAGGUGUCUGUGGGGAAUCCCAGACUGCAGCUUCUCGGAGAACUGGGUGGGCCUGAGGAUGAAGGCAAAGGAGGGCCUUGAGGAAGCAGCCUCCGGGCCUGGCAGCCACACGGCGGCUGAGCUCAUGAACUCGGUUCACGGCCUGCCUUGUCCCCAGAGGCCACGCCAGGCACUCACCCCUGAGCCCACAGCCUCUGCUUGGGCUGUCUGGCACCCUCAGGGCGGCCCGCUCUCCUCCUGCCACUCUGAGCACAUAUCCGGGGGUUGCCACCAGUGACGGCUUUGUUUUCCCAGCCAAGGCCAUGGAGCUGCUGUGUGACUGUGUCAGGCCUGGACAAGGCCCUUAGGGAUGACGUCCCCGCUGCAUAUUUAUUCAAGGUGACUCUUGUACUUGGCAAGGGAAGUCCACUGUGUGAUUGUCUGUAUUCUUAAUAUAAUUUGUUAAAUAAACAUUUGUUUUAACCUCUU